AAGCAGCCGCUUUCCUUCCCUCAGAGUCUGGCCACUCACUGCUUCGCCGCCGCGACUUGGCUCGCGCUGAGGGAAGACAGCAGGAGCCACGCGAAGAAGGAACACGCGGUUCAGAGCCGGGUCAGCGGACGGAGUGAGUGGGCACGCCAGAUAACCGGCGCCGCAUUCCUGGGAGGCGGCGGCAAGUCCUUUUGUGGCGCUGCCAGGAGGAAGAGAGAGAACCGAGCGAGAGAAGCGUUCGCCAUGGGGGUGCCCUUCCCCAGAGAGCAGGGUCCCUUCGGCGCCCUCUGGAAGCGGAUGAGCCGCGGAUGGAAACCCCAGGAGAGACCAACACCGGGCGCCCGGCGCGGCCUCGACGAGAUGCACCUGUCGCAGCAGAAGAGAAUCUGGGAGUCUCCACUACUUCUGGCUGCUAAAGAAAACGAUGUCCAAGCCAUCAGGAAACUGACCAUGGAUGGGUCCUGUGAUCUUUUUCAGAGAGGAGCUGUUGGUGAGACAGCCCUUCACAUAGCCGCCCUCUAUAAUAAUGAAAAUGCUGCUGAAGCUCUUUUGGAGGUUGCUCCAGAACUCAUCAAUGAGAAGAUGACAUCCGAACUCUAUGAAGGGCAAACCGCUAUGCACAUUGCAGCAGCCAAUCAAAAUGUAAACCUGGUGAAGUGCCUUCUCAAGAAAGGGGCUCAUAUCUCCACUCCCCGAGCGACAGGACUCUUCUUCAGGCGCAGCACCCAAAGCCUCUUCUACUUUGGGGAACAUGUUUUAUCCUUUGCAGCCUGUGCUGGAAGUGAGGAAAUUGUCCGUCUCUUAAUAGAAAAUGGCGCUGAUAUCAGGGCACAAGAUUCCCUAGGUAAUACCAUACUUCACAUCCUGGUCCUUCAGCCCAACAGGAUUUUUGCGUGCCACAUGUACAACCUGCUACUUUCCUAUGACAGACAUGAGGGGGGGCUUGGGCCUAUGGACUCAAUUACAAACAACGAGGGCCUCACACCAUUCAAACUAGCUGGUAUUGAGGGCAACACUGUGAUGUUCCAGCACCUCAUGCAGAAACGAAGGCACAGGCUGUGGUCCUUUGGGCCUAUUACCACUGUUUUCUAUGACCUCACAGAAAUUGAUUCCUGGGGUGAAGAGCAACCUUUUCUAGAGCUUGUUGUCUCAACCAAGAAAAGAGAGGCUCGUCAUAUUCUAGACAUAACCCCAGUGAAAGAGCUUGUGAGCCUGAAGUGGAACACAUAUGGACGCCCUUAUUUCUGUUUCCUGGCAUUGUUCUAUGUCCUCUACAUGAUUUGCUUCACCAUGUGCUGUGUUUAUAGACCUCUGAAGUACCGGCUGGAAAACCGAACAAAUACGCGGGACACCAGGGUUUUGCUCCAGAAAACACUGCAGGAAUCCUAUGUGACAUAUGAGGAUCAGCUUAGACUUGUGGGGGAGCUGAUCACAGUGAUAGGAGCCUUGGCAAUUUUGCUUCUAGAGAUUCCAGAUAUUCUUAGAAUUGGAGCUGCUAAAUUCUUUGGCCAAACCAUCCUGGGAGGACCUUUCCACAUUAUCAUCAUUACAUAUUCAUGUAUGAUUCUGGUGACCAUGGUAAUGCGUCUCACAAGCACCGAUGGAGAGGUGGCACCAAUGUCCUGCGCCCUGGUACUAGGAUGGUGUAAUGUUAUGUAUUUUGCACGAGGAUUUCAGAUGCUUGGACCAUUCACCAUCAUGAUACAGAAAAUGAUAUUUGGAGAUCUUAUGCGAUUCUGUGGAUUAAUGGCAGUUGUGAUACUUGGCUUUGCAUCAGCAUUUUACAUCAUUUUCCAGACAGAAGACUCUAGCAAACUGGGACAGUUCUAUGACUACCCCAUGUCUCUUUUCACCACCUUUGAGCUGUUUCUUACCAUUAUUGAUGGACCUGCCAACUAUGAUGUGGACCUGCCAUUCAUGUACAGUGUGGUGUACUUCGCAUUUGCCAUCAUUGCAGCUUUGCUCAUGCUCAACCUGCUUAUUGCCAUGAUGGGUGACACUCACUGGCGUGUGGCCAACGAACGGGAUGAUCUUUGGAGAGCUCAGGUUGUUGCCACUACGAUCAUGCUUGAGCGAAAGCUCCCACGGUGCCUUUGGCCUCGCUCCGGCAUCUGUGGACAAGAAUAUGGCCUGGGGGAUAAGUGGUUUCUCAGGGUUGAAGAACGCCUUGAUUCCAGCAAGCACAAGGUGCUUCGCUAUGCAGAUAUAUUUAGAAACCAAGACAAGGAAGACCUUGAUAGGUUUUCUGGGAAACUACGUCUGAGUGAUCAUUCCCAGUUCAAGAAAGAAACAUCUCCAUCUGUCUCGCGAAGCACUUCCCAGAGCAGUUCCCAUCGGGGCUGGCAAAUCCUGCGGGACAACACCUUCAACCGCUUCUGUGGAGAAGUGAAUCAUGCCUUAGAAGAAGAGGUCUACCAUGUCUGAGGUUUCUCUUGACUGACUUUACUGCAUACCCAGUUGGUGCCUUGUGGUGCACCGCUGAUUCCUCCAGGAGUUAAUGGGAUUUCUUGACAGAAUUACCCAGUUACAGGAUAGGUGCUUUAAUCUGCUCCAUGUCUGGAAGCUCCUCUCGGAUACAAUGCCCUUGCACUUCCGGACAAUAGUGAUGAAAUGUGCAUCUUUCUGGAGGAAUUAUUUUAAGGAGAGCACUGGCAUUUAACAACAUUAGUUUGUUUGUUUGUUUGUUUGUUUGUUUUUUUGGGGGGAGGUUAAGUUGCAACUUGUCCACCAAUAAUUUUCUUAUCUCUCAACAUGUUCUCAGGCAGCAUUCCACUAAAUCUCUGAAGAGCCAACUAUGGAAAAUUUAGUUCUAAUACAAAGAAUGAAUGUUUUUUUAAAAAAAAAAUUUAAAAAAACCCUCAGGGAAUUCACCUCAACUAAGCAGCCUAUAAACAGACAGCUAGCAUUCUAAGAAGCUGUUUGGGUCUACAGAUUUGAAUCCUGUCUGCCCAUGCUGUGGUCCAGAGAUGGUCAGAAUGGAUUGUGCCUUUUGGCUAUGAUAUGCUAAUGCACUUUAAGACAAAUAUAUAACUGGGUGUUUGUUCCAAGACAUUUUUGAUUGUAUCAUAGGAAUUCUGAUUUGAAAAAGAAGGAUUAACAUUGUUUUUGCUUGACUCAACUAACUUGUGCUAAUGUUUUCUGAGAAGACAUUUGUGAACUCAUUUUUGGUGAGAUACCACUCACCCUGUUUUUCCUUUGUAGAUUAGACUGAAGCAUAUUCUAUUCAUCUCAUCAGCAGUUGCUAGUUCCUAUGCACACUGCUUGUGAGGAGCCACCUUCAAUUGUUCUGUUCUUAUCCACAUUUUUAAAUGUCUUUUUUGAGACAAAAGAAAAUAUGGAAUGCAAUGCGAACAUUUAGAUUAGCCAAGCCUGGGUAUUCCUAUUGCCUGGGUGCUGCUUCUUGGUGUCUUCUAAAUAUUAUUGUCACAGCAUUAUGCUUAGAGUAAGUUUGAAGUUCCUUUUAAAAGUAUUUUGGGAGAAAGUUUCAAAAGUUCAAUUAACAGUAGCCAAAUUCUCCCAAAACGUUUAUGUAGAAAGGUACAUAAAAGCAGCUUUAUACUUUACUCUGCCAUUGGUUCAUCUGAUUGGCAGCAGAGGACCUUUUCCAUCCACAUCUAGCAAUGCCAAGUACUGAGUCUGCUACUGAGCUACAGACACUGCCAAGCACAUCAUAUGUCCCUACAAGACCACUAAGUUUUGCAGAAGCAAAAUCCAAAAUGGUCAAACCUAGUGAAAUACUUCAGGUGCCUGUCACACCUGCAGUCCUCUUAGAAUGGUAUUUCCUGCAGGCCCAUUCUUGUAAGGAUGACUUGUUUUUUGACAAUAAGAAGCAGAAUGAAGCUUAUGCUUCAUCUACAGUCUUCCUUUGACUUUAUUAUUAGUUUUCAUUUCAUAAAAAAACAAUAACAAUAGAUAAUUUCUUAAAGAAAAGCCAUUGACUACCUUCACAAGAACUCAAUGGAAAGUUACUCCCAUACAUCACUGUAGCGAGAGCAGUCAGAGUUCUCGGAUAGCCAGAUGAAAAUAUGCUUGUAUUUACAUUGCCAAAAUACCUUUUACCAUUAUGUAAUGGUAAAUGAGAAUGUUGAAGGUUAACAAAAGUACUCUGUUUGGAAAAAUCCCUGUCUUACAGUGAGGUUGGGCAGAAACUGCAAAGGAGGUCUUUGAAGGUUUCUUUGUUUCAUGCUCAUUCCCUGGUACAAAUGCGAUUUUCUACACACAUUUUCCUUCUAGCUUUCAGGCAGCAUCCCAGAGUACCUUGGAGUUCUUUGGAAUUUUAUUGAGGGUUCUUCAGUGGGACGAUCAAUAAUGCUGGACAAGAUUUCUUGAAAGAUACCUUCCCUAGCACUGACCUUUCCUUGUAGGGACUAUUAAAUGUCUCCUAUAGCAUACCCUCCAUCCAAAAGGCAACAAGAAGACCCUGGAGUUUGACCAGUGCCUUGUUUCAAUUGUGCACAGAUCCUGAAGUUGCACUGCAAUCCUUGUCAAAGUGUUGUGGAUAACAUGAGCCAUGAUAUGUUUCUUGGCAGAAAUACAGCAUGGAAGGACUUUUCCACUUGAAAGUUAAAAAGUAUAGAAACCACCUUUUCAGGUUUCAAUGAAAAACUUUUCAUUAAUUCACUUUGAUGAACUGAGUUAAACCUGGCUAGUCUUUGUUACAUUUCAGUUUCCAGGUGUUCUGUCAUACUCUUGGGAAAUUUGCACUAUUGGAUUUUGGAGAUGGAAACUAUGAUUUGCAUAUAUAUAAAAUUGUGAUCUGUGGUGAUAUGGUUUGUGACUAGUUCACAGUUUCAUUUUAUGACUUGAUAUUUUGUGAGAAGGAGACUAUGUUAAUCUAAUGUUUAUAUUACGUCCAAAUGAAUCUUUUCAUUUUACUAGGAGUACUAAAAUGUCAUCAGGGCUUAAUGAAUAUGUGAUUUCUUCAGUGGAUAAGGCCCCUUCCACACAGCUAAAUAAAAUCCCACAUUUUCUGGAUGAAAUAUCUGAACUGGAAUAUAUGGCAGUGUGGACUCAGACAACCCAGUUCAAAGCAGAUAUUGUGGGAUUCUCUGCCUUGAUAUUCUGGGUUAUAUAGUGUGUGGAAGGACCCUACGUUUUUGCAUGGGCUUUAUGGUCCAUUCUGCCAGUGAUGUAAUUAGCAACCAAAUCCAAGGCCUGCUUCAUAUUUAGCUCCAUAGCCUACAAAACCACCUUUUGGUACCCACAUGUCCAAGAAAAUUCAUCCACACUACUAGAAUGGUAGGUCUUCUCAUUCUUCAUUAGUGACUUUCAUAAAAGGUGCAGCUUUAGAGAAGGACUGACAUAAUACAACAGGGUUUUCACCACUUAUGUAGUUUUUCAUAUUUUAACUUUAUGAUGGAGCAAUCAGGCAAACAUUUGCAAAAAGCAUCUACAUUAUCAGAGUAAUGAAGGAACCAGGCCCGAGGAGAAUUUCCCUGAUAAUAGAAAAGCACUACAACCUGAUAGUAGAAAAGCACUGCAAGGACAUUGUUCUUCAGCAUAUCCACUAAACCACCAGUCAUUUAUAUUGAAAAAACACUUCUUUUUAAUGGAUUCCAAAACAAUUCAUAUAAAAUUAUAGUAACAAAGACUGAGAUCUUUAGGGAAGAAACUUAAGUGGGGUUUGUUUUGUUUGUUUAUACUGCUUCCACAGAAGCCCAUGAGUCCUAUAUUACUAUUAAUAUGACGUAGUAUAUCAGGCCCCAGUAUAUAUCAUCUACAUUGCCAUAUAAUAAUUCUUCUGAAUCCAGAUUAUCUGCUUUGAACUGGAUUAUAUGACAUAUAAUUAAAUUCAAACAUAAUCUGGAUUCAGAAACUGGAUUGUAUGGCAGUUUUAGAUAGGAAAGUAACAUAUUGGAAGAAGGAAAAGGUUCAGCCCCAUUUCUAGAAUGUAUCCAUUCUGUGUGCAAAAGGCUUGGCUUGGAGAGAUGAUUCUAGGUAAGGGCUUGGAUAUACGAUCCUCUGGUUGCAGCUGAAAAUGGCACCAUCCAGGAAAAGCCCGGUGUGAUAGGGAUUUGCUGGUUGUGUGAAGCAGGCCUUGGAGCCCUGAAGCAAUGCAGAAUUCUACUCGUGAAUCUCAAAUGUUUUGGGCGUUUUGAUAAAAUAUCUCUGCUGCAGAUAACUUCAAUGGGGAAAGAAUGAUGGCCUAUUAUUGAAGAGUGCAGAAUUAUAAGGAUCAAUGCAAUGCAUUGCUAUUUAUCAUGAUUUUUCAUUUUAGGAAUGUAGUUUGAUGAGAUUCUGGACAUUCUUUUAGCCAUUCCCUACUCUCCCUAGGGAAUAUUUAACUUUUAUCAUCUGCAAUGCAGAUCACUUUACUUGAACUACUUUGCUUCACAUUUCUCAACCAUACAACUAAAGCUAAAAUGAUUCCAGAUUCCACAUUUUAAUUUUCAGGUUUGUUUUGUAAUUUGUGUAACCUAUAUCGAAUGUAAAUCGUAUUUUAUUUUGUUACCACAUGCAAAAACAAAGAAUUUGUAAUGUUUUCUGUGUGCUUAGGGUUAAAAUCAUGGGGCUUUUAAAAUGAUUUUCAUAUUUAUAUACCUAAGAUUAUAAUUUGUGGAAGAAAUGUAUAAAUUCCCUUUUUUUCACCCAUAGUCCCAAAAUGCAAAAAAGAAAUGCUGGAGGGUUGGCCAUUUCUUAAAAAGGAAGUCUCAUGCUGAGAUACACAAUACUUGGUGAAGACAAGAAAAUAUUUGUCUACUCUUUACAUCCCUUAUAAUACAGCACUUUCCAGUUAUUUUGUAUGAUAUUAGUGUGUUUUAUUGUAUUGUAUACCUUAUUGGUGUGAGAUAAAGAACAGACAUUACUUUUUGGUAUUGGUAAAAUAGCAUUAAAGAUCAAAUGAAAACCAAUUCUAGUUCCUACUCAUAUUAACUUUCUGAACUUAGGAGUUCAAACAACCUUGUUGAGAAAGCUAAGAAAUUUUCAGAUUCCAAUCACAGAUAUAUUUAGAAUAUGACUCAGAAUGUAUUUGUAGUUUUUGAAAACCUUUGUUCUGUUGCCAGAAAUGCUGAACAAUUUCAUAACUUUCAGUUAAUUGUUCCCUGCAACUAACUCAGGGCAUGCUCUGAAUGCUGCUAAUAAAUAAUCUCCAGUGGCUUUUUUUGGCUUUCAAAAUCCAUUCUGUAGUUAUUUAUCUAUUUAAAUUUUGUAUCAUAGUUUAAAAACUAUGGAUAAAUCAGCAUCAGUUUUGAAUUAAUUUAACAAACACCAUUGCUCUUCAUAGAUUGCUUUGUUUAUGGUUCAAUCAUUUUUAUGGGGACUGUACAACCUUGUAGAGCAGGUUUGCUCACACCUUAUGUCAGAUCUGAAAGGCCAAUUUUGUUCCAUUCUAAAAUGAUAAUUGAACCAACAGAAUUGUCAUGUCUUUUUAAAAAAAGAUUGGUGAAACAGUCAGUCGCUUAUACAGAACAGCUGCGAGAUCUUGACUGCUUUAUCUUACACCAAAUAGAUGGAACAUGUUUUAAGAACCUCAUAGCUUUGUUAUGACAACUUGCAAGGGCAAUCUAUAGUGAGCGAAAAGGUAUCUUUGUACUGAUCCAACCCUUCUUGGAUCAUAUGUGUUGUUCACUUCUCCUUAAUGUUGUGAAAUGAUUCUGAUAAUAUUAUUUCAUAUGUACCAAUGUCUGGUGACUGCUAGCAAAGACUGGAUCAAUAGGCAAUAGUCUUUUGCACUCUUUUAAAAAUGUUAUAUCGAUAAUUGUUUUCACAUCAACUUGUGACCUCAAAACUACUUUGGAAGAAAAUGUCAUUUGUUCAGUUUUCAAAAGGAUGUAGAUAUAUAGUUUAUUCUUGUACAAAGUGAAAGCACAACUAUUUUAUUUAAAAUAAAUCCUUCCUUCUGC